ACAAUAAGAAAUAACAACAUAUCAUGCACACAAUCCUCUCUUAUUAAGUAGUUCUUACCCAUAAGGCACCUUCAUAUGUUAUAAUAAUUGCCCACCUCUUGUCUUGUUUCUACAACACUCAUCUAUAAAUACCUCCUCUUUUCUCCUAAUUAAUCCAUCAACCCAUACACUUUUCUUUUACAUCACAAGAAAAACACACAACCAAACCAUACAAAGAAAAACCAAUUAUGGGUUACAAUAAGAUCAAGUGCUUUUUACUUGCAUCCUUAGCCUUUGCAAUGGUCAUUGGCCUCUCUGAGGGGUUCGAUUUCCAUGAGAAGGACCUAGAAUCCGAAGAUAGUUUAUGGAACCUAUACGAGAGGUGGCGUAGCCAGCAUACCGUGUCAAGGAGCCUCGAAGACAAACACAAAAGGUUCAACGUGUUCAAGGCUAAUGUGAAGCAUGUCCAUGAAGUUAAUAAGAUGGACAAGCCUUACAAGCUUAAGUUGAACAAGUUUGCUGAUAUGACAACCCAUGAGUUUGUUACUCACUAUGCUGGCUCGAAAAUCUCCCACCACCGGAUGCUCCAAGGCAAGAAGAGUACCGGAAGCUUUAUGUAUGAAGACGCCGAUAAUGUCCCUGCAUCCGUUGAUUGGAGGAAGAAGGGUGCUGUUACACCUAUCAAGAACCAAGGCCAAUGUGGAAGCUGCUGGGCAUUUUCCACUGUCGUAUCCGUCGAGGGCAUAAACCAAAUCAAAACAGGGAAGCUGGUUUCCCUGUCUGAACAAGAGCUUGUUGACUGUGACACCUCUGAGAACCAAGGAUGUAACGGCGGUCUCAUGGACUCUGCUUUCGAUUUUAUCAAGAAAACUGGUGGACUUACUGAUGAAAAAAACUACCCUUACUCAGCUGCAGAUGGUAAAUGUGAUAAAUUAAAGUUGAAUGCUCCAAAAGUAUCAAUUGAUGGGCAUGAAGAUGUACCUGAGAACAACGAGGGCGCUUUGCUCAAAGCUGUUGCUAACCAGCCUAUUUCUGUGGCCAUUGAUGCUGGGAGUCAAGAUAUGCAGUUCUAUUCAGAGGGGGUGUUCAGUGGAGAAUGUGGAACAGAAUUGAAUCAUGGUGUCGCGGCUGUGGGCUAUGGAGCUACCCUUGAUGGUACCAAGUACUGGAUUGUGAAGAAUUCAUGGGGAGAAGAAUGGGGCGAGAAGGGUUACAUCAGGAUGAAGCGCGGUAUCCCAGCAAAAGAAGGGUUGUGUGGGAUUGCGAUGCAGGCCUCAUAUGCUAUCAAGAAUUCUUCCAAUAAUCCUGCAUCUUCCGAGGAUGGAUACUCCGGGAAGGAUGAACUUUAAAUCAGUUUUAGAGAUGUUUGUGAUUGAAUCACUCGAACUUUUAUGGCAUAUGUAACUUGAAUUAUACAUUUCAAUUGUUAGCUACACUUUAAUAGCCUAUUCUAAAGGCAGCAUAAUAAUAGUGGCAGUUAUAUAAAA